AUGAGGAUCGCCAUUCGCGAGCAGCUCGCAGCCCUCGUCGUCUUUGCUGUCCUCGUCGGUCUCGCUGUUGUCUCUAUCCCUACCUGGAUCUAUGUCAACCGUUUCGUCGUCGAUGUUGAGCGCGAGGGUUUGACACUUACGGCCUCACUCAAAGCCUCGCGCAUUUCCGCAGAGCUGAACCUCGUCCAGACUAGCUGCAUCACCAUCGCCUCUCGCAUCCUCCUCCAGGAUGCCCUCACUGACUUUUACGACACUGGCAGUCGGGACUGGGAUGCCGCCAGGGAGGAUCUCCAAAGUGCUCUCGCCGUCAGCGCGUCUACGGGGUUGUUGCAGAUGAGGUUGUACUCGAGGAAUCAAACGGGUGCUUCGCGAGGUGGUCUGCUCAAUGUCACGUCUCCCGUGGUCCCCACGAUCGCCUUGCCUUACAGGGACUCGUCUGGCAAUGAGGUCCUCCUUGGUGACGAUGGUCCGGGCUAUCCCCCGAGCCUCUACCCCAACAUCACCUACGUCGACCUCGGCCACCCAAAUACCAUCAGGAAUAAUACUACAGCUGUGGCUGCAGAGGCCUUCAAGGACGUGCGCAUCUACCGCGAUGGGGGCCUGCUACUGGGCCCGCUCGUUCUCAAUGAGACAACGUCUCUCCUGUCCGUAUCGAUACCCAUUCGAAGCAAUAACGAUACCUUCAUACUCGGUUAUAUGACCGUCGUCACACUGGCCAAGUCCCUUACCCUCAUACAAGAGUCUCGCGAAGGGUUAGGGAAAACAGGCUCGGUCCUACUCAUAGGACCUACCGAUCGCUCAAAUCGCUUCAAUGCGUCGUACCCUGCGAGCAACGCGACCUACCUCCCUGACUCGGAAGAGUUUGGCAACCUCAUGGUCAAAUUCAUCCUCCCCCCCAAGACGCCCGAGGGCUAUAGUGACCGCCAUAGCGUUUACCAGUUUGACAAGGAGUACGACAACAGGGCAUUCCCUGUUGAGAAAUACCCAGCCGCCUUUGACUCCUUUGCCAAGCGGUACGAUUCCGUCAACAAUGCCAGCGCCAUGAUCAGCACCCACAACGAACAGGGCGUCCCGGUCGCCGUUGGAUUUGCGCGUACCCAGACCCCCCUGGUCAACUGGACUAUCAUUGUCGAGAAAGCCAAGUGGGAAGCUUACAAGCCAAUCGAUACGCUACGAAACAUUCUCCUCGGCACUGUGUUCGGAACAGUCGGCUUCAUAGUCCUUCUAAUCGUCCCAUGCGCUCACCUCAGUGUCCUGCCGAUCCGGAAGCUCAAGGCCGCCACCGAAAAAUCAGUCAACCCCCCUGGGUACGAGGAGUCCUUCAUUGACUCGGAAUAUGAGGAUGACGAGGAGCUGCCAAGCUCGGGAGGAAUAUCUCAGAGAUCAAAGAAGAGGGGUUUCUGGUCCAAGAUGAAGCGGCGCCUUCAGGGGAAGCGCACCAAGCCGAGCUCCAACCGAGACGUUACCCGUCGGAUGUUCAAGAUUCCUGGCAAGGUGGACGACCGGAAACACUUUAUUACUGAUGAACUCACCGAACUGACACGGACAUUCAACGACAUGAGCGACGAGCUGGUGAAGCAGUACCUCUCACUUGAAGUCAAGGUAGCUGAGCGGACGAGGGAGCUCGAAGAGAGCAAAAAGGCGGCCGAGGCUGCCAACGAGAGCAAGACGCUCUUCAUCGCCAACAUCUCGCACGAGCUCAAGACCCCUCUCAACGGAAUUCUUGGCAUGUGCGCCGUCUGCAUGGAAGAGAACGAUAUUGUCAGGAUUAAGCAAUCCCUGAAGACCCUCUAUAAGUCGGGCGACUUGCUGCUGCAUCUUCUCGAGGAUCUCCUCAGCUUCUCCAAGAAUCAGAUUGGCCAGCAACUCAGCCUCGAGCUGAAAGAGUUCAGCUUGGCCGAAAUCCGGUCACAGAUCCUCACCAUCUUUGACAAGCAGGUGCGAGAAGGAAAGAUCAACUUUUCGGUCGAGUUCCUCAGCUCCGAUAAUGUCGAGAUUGGUACGAGCCCGGAUCGAGCCGGCGGGGAGACCAAGUUGCCAGCACUGGGACCUCAAGGCACGGGACGGCUCAAGGAUAUGUGGCUCUGGGGCGACCAACACCGAAUACUUCAAGUCAUCAUCAACUUGGUGAGCAACAGCUUGAAGUUCACUCCCCACAAUGGCAGUGUAUCGGUACGCAUCAAGUGUCUUGGAGAAGCCGAAGUCAUUGCCGAGAACGAGAGCCGCACAUCAUCGCUCUCGAGGAACUCGCGGAACAACUCGCGAAAUGGACGCACUCGUCACCGUGGAGCGGCCAGCCCGACGCAUUCUAGCAGCUCUGGUCGAAAGGACUCAGGGCAGCGCUUCAAUGGCACUGGAACGGCGCUGUCUAUCAACCCCAUGGACCCCAAGGCGACUCCCCAUGUGCAAAUCCGUGAGCGAUCUCCUACGCCUCCUCCACCAGGAGCAAAGGCGUACAUCUUCCAGUUUGAAGUUGAGGAUACAGGCCCCGGUAUUCCUGAGCACAUGCAACAAAAGGUCUUUGAGCCGUUUGUUCAAGGAGAUCUCGGCCUGAGCAAGAAGUUCGGCGGAACUGGCCUUGGUGUUGAUGCUACUGCCGAUAUGGAGCCACCGCGCAAUCUCAACCCUCCGAAGCCCGCAGCUGACACCAAGUCCGGCGUCCUGAACCCUCAACCCCGACUGGUCGGUCUAAGCCAACCGUACUUUGCUGCUGACCUUCCUGCUCCAAGGAGCACGACGCAAAAGAUGGCUGAAAUCGAUCGAGCAUUGGCCAAUAAGAAUGGCCAAGGAAAGCUGCGUGUCCUGGUCGCCGACGACAACUCGACCAACAUUGAGGUCGUCAGCCGGAUGCUCAAGCUUGAGGACGUCUACGACGUGACUAUCGCCAAGGAUGGUCAGGAAGCCUACGACCUGGUCAAGGCAACCAUGCAAAGGAACGAGGCGUUUGAUGUCAUCUUUAUGGAUGUCCAGAUGCCCAACCUUGACGGUCUACAGAGUACCCGUCUUAUCCGCGAGAUGGGAUACACUUCCCCUAUCGUUGCCUUGACGGCCUUUUCCGAGGAGAGCAACGUCAAGGAGUGCAUUGACUCUGGCAUGGACGAGUUCCUCGCCAAGCCGAUCCGACGGCCGGCCCUCAAGCAGGUUCUCAAGAAGUUUGCGACAAUUCCGGAAGAGCCGGAGAACGAGAAGCGCUCCCCUUCAGUUAAACCGUCAACACGGACAAACGGGAAUGCAGUCCAGCCACACACUGAGGGCCAGAAUGGUACUCUCAAGGAAAAGGAGGGCUGA